AUGGUAGUGGUCCAGAAAAAAGAUGGAAGUCUGCGCAUCUGCAUCGAUCCUAAAGAUCUAAAUCGGGCGUUGAAAAGAGAGCAUUAUCAACUUCCAACAAUCGAAGAAAUUACAGCUCGAAUGCCAGGGGCACGGUAUUUUUCCACGUUAGAUGCAAGAUCGUGUUAUUGGCAGAUACCCCUCGACGAAGAAAGUUCCAAACUCACAACUUUCAACACGCCAUUUGGACGUUUCCGUUUUACCCGCAUGCCAUUUGGAAUCCGAAGUGCCCAGGAAGUAUUUCACAAACGAGUACAUGAAAUAUUCGAAGAUAUUCGUGGAGUGGAAACUGAUAUUGACGACAUUCUCGUGUGGGGAAGAACACUUCAAGAACACGGCGAGCGUCUAAAGGCAACGUUGGAAAGAGCAAGAGAGUGCAAUCUAAAGUUCAAGUUAGAGAAGUGCCACUUCAGGUCCACGAGUGUUGUUUACAUCGGACAUAAGCUUACAUCGGAAGAAAUCAAACCUGAUCCACAGAAAAUAGAAGCAAUCGUGAACAUGCCAGAAUCACAUGACAAGAAGGGAGUUCAAAGGCUUCUCGGUAUGGUGAAUUACGUGGGUAAAUUCGUACCGAACCUGUCAGAAAUCACGUCACCACUGCGAGAAUUGCUCAAGAAUGAUGUGGCGUGGCAUUGGUCAGAAAGACAUGCAAGUGCUUUCGAAAAGAUCAAAACCAUUCUUACAAAUACAGAACCUGGAAUCUUAACCUACUAUGAUGUGACGAAACCAGUAAAGCUUCAGGUCGACGUCUCAAAUCCGG